GCAUUACAACACAGAGUUUCUGUGCCAGCACGUACGACCAAUGUGAAGAAAGGACAAAUAGGCAAAUGAAACAAGUCCGCUCACGUGAUAUACGAUUUAGUCUGUGGCAGUGACGUAGCAGCAAAAUUAUUGCGCCGGCGUCUGAACGCUUUGGAAGUUGAACAACAAGUUCCCUAUUUAUCAAACGAGCACAGAUAUCCGUGUCAGCAACUUGAGUCUCGGAAUCAGGGUAGCCAUGCCGUGUUUUAUUCUCUUCACGAAUGUGGCAACAAGCGACCUCCCGAAGAGGUUUCUGUUCGAAACCUCAAAAAUCAUCGCCAAAGCUAUUCGGAAACCAGAAAGUCUCAAUGUUGUGGAGGUCAGGAUUCAUCCAGGCCAGAUGAUGACCCACGGGGGUACGACUGAACCAUGUGCCAACUCCGAGCUCCAGGCUAUUGGACACAUAAGUGCCGAGGAAAACAUUCAGAUGUCCAAGGAAAUUUCAGAAUUCCUGCAACAAAAACUUGGCAUUGACCCUUCAAGGAACUACAUCAAAUUCACUGACAUGAAACCAUAUGAGCUGGGGUGUGAAGGGACCACGAUUGAAGUCUUGUGGAGUAAACAAACCUAGUUGGACAACAUGGUACCUGCAAAUCCGCCAAUAAACUCAUGAUAGUAGUAGUUGUAGAGACUUCAUGUCACUGGCAUAUUAAUGAUUGAUGUGUUUUCACAUCUACGUCACAAUACGUGCGGAAGUGUAAGAGUAACUCUCAGAAGCUUGAAAAUAUCACUGAAAUCAUUAGCUUGUAGGUUGUUGCUUAACGCCGCACUCAGCAAUACUUCAGCUAUACGGCGGCGGUCUGUAAAUAAUCCAGUCUGGACCAGGCAAUCCUGUGAUCAAUAUCAUGAGCAUCGAUCUACGCAAUUAGGAUGAGAUGACACGUGUCAACCAAUUGCAAGUCAACGAGCCUGACCACCUGUUUCCGUCGGCCGCCUCUUACGACAAGCAUGAGUUGCUGAAGACCAAUUCUAACCCGGAUCUUCACGGGUCUCACUGAAAUUAUAUUAAUUAAUUCAAAUUAAUGGUGACUGACACGACACUGCACACUUGUAGUGUCAAAGCUCAACGUCCAACAAAACCAUGCAGAGAUUAAAGAUAUGUCAAUCAGUCUCGAACGUAUCCAUGCAUAAUAUUAAUAAUAGUCUGAUAUUCUCCCUAUUCAUCUGUUAGUACGUUUAGAAUUUAUUAUAUCUAUCUAUCUGCGCUGAACUGUACAUGAUCGUUUCUACAGAACUAUAUAUGUUUUAACUUGAACACAAUGAUGAUGAUUUGAUUUGAAAGUUGAAUAGUUUAAUGACAAAUAUAUUUUAUUUCACUUGUGUCCCAACAGAGAGCAUUAUGCAGACUGUGAUCAACUAGAUAUGUAAUAAACAUUUACAAGUGGAA